AUGACCUCCGAGAGUCUUUUAAGCCAGAUGUAUACUGGCGAGGAGCUCUUUCAUUGCUAUGAUCGAACGUUUUACGCAAAGGGAGCAACGGUCUAUGUUUUAAAUGAGGACGGAUCAACUAUUCCGUUUUAUACCAAUGGCGCUGGAAAGAUUGACGCCCUAGCCGUCACAGAAGGCGCACAGUAUCUCUUUCUGGCGUACACAAAAUUAGCCACGUCAAGCAUUGACGUGAUAGCUCUGGAGACGAAAACCUUGAUCCAUACCUAUCAGCUACCUUCUGACGUCACCUACAUCUCUCGCAUGGCUAUUAGUCCUGAUAGCCAGGUUCUUGCAUUCAUCACAGCACUUCCGAGAGAGGUUCUUUACGUGAUGCGAUUAAACCACAUGAACACGGCAUUAAUCUCUGCGCAGCUCGAUCUCUCUGGAAACCGGGCCUUGCUAUCAUUUUCUACAGAUGAGGUGGCGCGGCCUGGGUCGCUAAGCUCCCCUCGACCAUCUUCUUGGAUUGGUUUGUCCUUUUGUCCAGAGGGCCAUGCUCUAAUGUGCAUAUCGCAUAGGAUCUCUCUACUUGUCACGUUUCAUUUCACUGCACAGUUCUGUUACCUCGUUGCGCGUCAAGUAGGGCUAAACCUCCGUUCCUCCAAGAGAGCCUUAACUGCCACAGAGUUCAUUUCUAACAACUACAUACAUUCUAUUGAUCCGCAGACUAUCAGAGGCACCGAUGACUUCGCAGAUUUUUCACUAUCUGAUCAGCAAGCGGAGUCAUUGUCAGCAGGACAGUAUAUUGUUUCGCAACAAUACGGGGGUUCAGGUCUUCCUAUGGGAAAGAAAACCUCCCAGAAGCUUUCUUCACCUGACGGAGAUUGGUCAGUUCACUCUGAAGACGAGGUAAGCACACUCUUGCAGAACGUUUAUUCUCAAUCAGUAGAUACCAGCGACCGGCUGCACCACGAUCCCCUUGAGCUACUUCCUCUCGUCUCUACUUACUGUAGUCUUGACAAUAACGCGUCAACCAAUCCAACGGACUUUGGUGCCAUUUCUAUCAGUACUACACUCUCCUCACAUUUUUAUUCUAUAGACAAGGUGUUAGAUGACGAGGCAGAUGAACUUGAAGACUACUUUCUUUUUCCUAACGGCCUUAGAACCACUGAUCCCUUAGCAACUCUCACAAAUCUUAUAAAAGUUCAUAACUUUAACUUGAUAGAUAUCAGGAAGGUCUUCCACUUCACUGGAUCUCACGUUUGGAUCCCUAAGCAAUCAGUUUGCUUAAUUGUUUGCAGAAACAUGGGAAUACUGGCUGUGGCGGUCCCUGAUUUUAAGUAUAUUUACUCAUCUGAGAAUAGGAAAGCCGUAGCAGCAGGCUCAUUUAUCUUUCCUCCCCCACCGAAGACUGCGUUUCUGAUCACCGACUACGGAACAAACGACCCGGCCUUUGACAUGAAGACUUGGGUAUCAGCCCCGGAUAGUCUGUUGGGUCUUGGCGAUGGCAUUAGUAACCGCUAUCUUUCCAAGUAUAAGACGAUUCCAAAUCUUCCCCUCAAUACCUGGUAUCUUGGAGAUAGACGUCUCAUGUCUAUUUCGUCAUCUGUAUAUUUGAAGGCGGAUACUCAAGCCAUGGGCUCAUACCCUCCCAAUUACGAUUUUGCACCUCCUCCAGAAUCUGGUUCUAAUAUCACUGUGCAUCCAGAUGGAGAGCUACUGAAUGAAGAAACGCAGAACUAUAAAUCUUACGUACUCAUUCUCUGCGGGUUUGGGGAUUCUACAGUCAAGUGGUUCAGCCUACCCUUGUCCGCUGAGACGACUCCGUUGAACAUUAGUGACCCUGUGGCACCAAUUUGCACCUAUACCUAUGCCUCCCUCGGGCCUGUUAGGUACAUGACAAUGGUACAAUUAACUGAUAGAUCAACCUACUAUCAGAAGGGAAACUCUUUCCAUAACAUCGUGUGUCUCUGUCUCUUUUCUGAAGUGUUUGCAUACCUGCCUGCACACGCUCUUUUAGACAAUUCCAGCCCCGCAUCUAAUAAGCCUCUUGUGAACCAGCAACCCGCUAUUGAUCAAGACCCUAAGGAUGAUGGUGAUACCGCUCAGCAGCUUGACGCGCAUUAUCACAGUAUAAUGCUUCCCAGUAAGCCGGCACUCUUGUGCACCAUUAUUUCAUCAUUAGCAUAUAGGGGUGAGAACUUGAGGGCUACCCACUUCAGGUCGCUAAUUAAUAUAAAAAUAAUGGCUAACUUGGAGGUCAAUCGAGGCAUUCUUUCCCACAAUGCAUAUCGGUUGAUUAUUUAUGCCUUGUCCAAAUACAAUAGUGGCGUACUUAUUGAUCAUAGAAAUAAGCGUUGUGCAAAGACCGAUAAUGGAUCGCACAGAUCUAUUAAACCAACGGCAUUAAAAGCAGACUUGAAGGAACCCAGUUGUUCGUCGAAUCCUUUUAUCAGUGUUUCUGACUAUGUUCCACUUGUUACCGUUUGUAAGCCGAUAUCUCCGUCUCCAUUUGCAUGCAACACCGUAAGAAAUUCCGUUGCCUUUCUAAGUUUUCCCAUGUCGGCUCUGACUCCUCAAAAAGCUGAAGUACUUCAAAAGAGCCAAAAUACUUUGCAGAGCAGUUCGCCUAAGACAGGCAGAUCAAUACACUGUGCAUACAUUGGGACGCUGGACUGCGGGCGCCUGUACAUGUUAUUUGCCGAUGAGCAGCACCGUGUGUAUACUCACUACUUCAGUUGCAGAAUCCCCAUGAGCAUCAUGGACAACACCUGGACAGUUCCGGACCCUAUAUGUUCCAUGAUAUCUCUCCAAGAGUCAAAGUUUGUGAUUACUGGCCAUGUAAGUGGCUAUAUUCGCGUCUUCUCAUCCGGCUUUUCGAAUCUUGAUUCUCUCCCUUUGAGCCACAGGAUGAUUAUUAAUCUGAUAUUCCGUGUCAAGGCGUCAGAUUUGCCGAUUGUGCACUUGGCAGCCUCUCCGUCUUCAUCAUACAUUACUGCACUAGACAGCGCUGAUAAUCUAUAUCUUCUUGGUGGCCCACAGUACGAAUUUGCUCUUUACGGCUUUAUGCAGCUUAAGACUCAACCACACCUGACCCCGCAAUUUGUCUCCCAGCCAGAACAAGCCUUUAGUGGAGACAAACCGUUACAAGAGAGUGUCACUUUUGGAUAUUCCCACGCAUCGUUAAACUUUCAAUCAUACAUAGUAGAAAGGUUCACUAAUUUCAUCAUAGACGGACCAUCGAUUUCUUCUCUGUUACGCCGCAUAACCGAACUUCACGACGUGACAACUCAGAAGUGCCUUCCAGAACAAAGCGACUAUGGAGCAGAUCUACUAUUUACUGAAACGAGUGUCAUGAAGGAGGUCGAUGUGCUGAACCCUAUCUUACCGUCGCCUGCUAUGACACCUUCUAUUGAAAGCCAAGAUAUAACAAAAGACACGCAUAAGGUGUCACAGUAUUUUAUGACUCUUUACGAGACGUCACAGAUGUACACUGUUCCCGUACGUAAGCAUAGCAUGAGCUCAGAUGUUCUGAGCCAAAACUCCCAUGCUGGUGAUGCCGACGACGAGGACAACGCUGCGCUACGCCAGGUUCUGCAUACAUUUUGUAACAACCUGAGGCCAACCUACAAUCCAUUCAUCGAUGACUUCAUUCCUUUAUUGUUCAACAACACAACAGACCUUGUUUUAACUAAUGAUUGCAUCUACAUUUCUUUCUCGACCGGCGAUAUUUUGCGACUUAAUUAUCCUCAACUAAAUAUUUCUUCACUGCGUUCGGAGCUGAAUGCUAUCGUUUUACAAAAUGAUUACGACGAUGCUCUGAAUUCUAAUUCUGAACGCGACCUGGAGAAUGCAUAUGCAAGGUACACGAAAGUUGUCACAGAUAAUUUGAUUCUUCCCUAUUCUGCCAUGAAGCCGUACAUUAUUCGCACAGGAUAUGCUGUGAAGUGUAUUGCAGUAGACCCCAUGUGUAUUCCGCCACCAUGUUCGCUCAGUGACCUUGUUUAUGUAGGUCUAGAAGAUGGGCGGGUGUUCUGCUAUAUCAGCAAGCAUGAGAUCGAUCAAACCAUGAUGUCACGCAUAUCUCAAUAUGUCCAAGACACGCCCUUGGUCGGGCUUCCAGGGUCUUCAGGGUUUAGUGGGAUAUGCCAAAUGCGCGGUCCGAUAACGACUCUAUCUGUACUGCACGAUGGUGGUCUUCUUGCCGUCACAGAUAUGACGGGCCUCACUCUGGUUAUGCAGCUUUGCCAAGUCACCACUGCGUUUUUGAAGCGAGUGAUCAAUCAGGCACGUGACUUGAACGACAUGUCUGGACCGAAUACAGCUCAAUCAUCUACUGUCAUUCUUCCAACACAAAGCGAUAUGUACAUACCAACCCCACACAUCUACGGUAUGCCCAUCAGCAUGACUCCUACAACAUAUUACUAUAUUGAUAAUGAGUCUGGUACAUCCCUGACCACAUUUUCUAGCUUGCACAGUAAUUCGCUUCUUCGAGGCACCAACACAUCCGUCGUUGAUAUGCAUGGAUCAACAAUCUCUUACUUUUCUGAGCAAUCUGACCAUUACUGUAUACUCCUUAUUGGGACUUCAGUGGGCAGCGUUACUCUUCACUCUGUUGACAAGGCCCUGGUUACAUCUGCAAAGCAAUAUGUUGCAGCUCUUGAUUCGAUGGUUACUCAGUUCCUUCAGGUGCAAACCACUCAGGAGAGCAUGACAAUCUCCGGUACAGGAUCUAAAGCCUAUAUUGGCUGGAAGCUUGCUAUAGAGCAAAGGCAGCGUGCUAGGUCUGCUGUUCUUACAACCAAUGACUACCAAGCGCUAACUAAGCUUUAUGAAAACCUGCUAGUAUCCGUAUCAGACUCUGAGCGUAUCGUAGAUGGAUGCCUUUGGAAGCACCAGACCUCCCUAGCACCCCCACUGUAUACGCACCAUCCUAUGGUCAUCACCCUAGAAUGCGAUGAGAUUUUGUCUGGGGUACGAGACUAUGAUACGCUUAACUGCUCUACAAAAGACCUUCUUGAGCAACAGGGAGAGCUUCGUCUUGACUCAGCUCUUGAAACUGUUCAAGUGGCAAUCAAGCAAAUGCAAAGCCGCAUGGAGCUUGUUGUAGCACCAUCCUACCAGGAUGUCUCACUUCGGUUUGCAGCCCAAGUGUGUGCACUUCGAUUCAAUAGUAGAUCAAAGCAGAAAAAGCUGGCCCGUCUCAUUGGGGAAACACAGAAACUUAGGGAAUCAUGUAGAGAGCUAGAAGCAGACAAUGCUCGGAUAUUAGCCGAUCACGAUCUAGAUGCCAUUUAUAAUGGCUCAGAUAUUCGCUCCUUAGAGGGCCUUCUGCAUGUAAAGCAGGAUCUAAACCUUGUUCCUAGCGAAAUCCCUGCACUUACGGCCAUUCAAAGUCGGGUUAUGAGUAGGGAUAUCGCUGGCUCCAUUCUAUCAAGAAUCGAUUCAAUUAAGAGCUUUAAGGCAUCUAUGAAAGAGUUAGAGACUGCUGCGGACUCUCUGGAAGUCGAGCAAGAUCAUCCAGAGUCUUCGAUUGUUGAUGUCAACAAGCUGUUACGUGCGACCGCACGAGUUUCUGAGAAUGCAUUUAGGAUAUCAGACGAAGUUACGCUACUGGUUAGGAGCUAUCUCCUCAAGCACAUGGUCAAAGUAGAACAGUACAUGAAGGCCACUCUUCUCCGCUCUCUGUCCUAUUUACACGUUUUAGAAGACCAGCUUAUCCACAAAGCAUCUUCAGAUGAGAUAGGCUAUGCCGUAUGUGGCCUAGCAGACCCUUGCAUUCACGUGGUCUCCUUCCCCAUACCAAAAAUCUCAGGGAACAUUAUGACUAAGGCCAGGAAGGUGUGCUUACUGCGCUCUGCGCAGAUAGUCUCUGAGCGGUACAGUAUUUAUGCACCGCAAGUCACUUUGCAGCGCGCACCCCAAGGCAAAGACAACGAUGAUCAUUCUCACCGUUUUAAGGACAAUCCUAACCAAAUUGUCUUUGGGUCAUCAACAUUACCUCAGCCACACAAAUCUAUUUUCACACGUAUCAUGACAAAUAAGGAGCUGCCAUAUGACGAAACAGGUACACUUCUAGACUUUUCUGCUGCCCUUCAAUAUUCGCCCAGAGUGUACCACUAUAAACCAAAAGACCCCUUUUUCCUAGAGGACAAUAAGGUUCACCUUUCCAAUACUGAUGACCAAGAUCAGACAAAGGAUUCUCAAGACGCCGCACAGACACAUCUGGAUUUGCCUGGAUCCCAAACUCUUUAUUCAAUGUUGCAGCUCUCUACCCUUAUAUUUGACAGAGCCCCGCAGAUACCUUUCGCUCAGGUUGCCGCUGGUGACUCCUUGGGGUUCGUUUAUCCAAAGCUUCCUACAGCAGAUGUCAUUGGAAGUCAUGAGUCUUUAUCGCUCCGACGGGCCCUCUUUACUGAAGCAGAGUGUGCUUUUUCAAUUCGUGCAAAGCAGCAGAUUCUUCUCUUACAGGCCAUUGGUCUGCUUUUGAUGAAAGACUUUAACAUAAAGCUUGCAGAAGAGCGCGAUAAGAAGUAUAAACUACAGUCGCGAAUUCAUGAUAUAGCAGCUCAGAUCAAAGAUAAUAGCAAAGAACUGGUGUACCUAGCAAAGGAGUCGGUGCUGAUGGGACUUAUUGAGCAAGAGCGCAAAAGAGUUUUUGCAGAUCUUCAGAGUCAAGGAAUAGGUGUCGAGGACGCAGCAAGCAAGGCAGCAAAGCAAGCCAUCCUCGGCUUACCCAAUGAAGACGUGAUUGCGCAAUUGGCAAUUGAAAACGUUGAUAUAAAGCUUUUAGACAUCAACACCAUAACGGGCUACAGUCCAGGAGGCGGAGAUGCUGGCAUAGAAGCCUGCGAAAGCUUAGCCAUCAUGCUUGGAUAUAAUCCGUAUUUACAGCACAACCAGAGUGGAGACAGGAAGAGUUACAUUGACACUUUGACGGAUAGCUUGCGGACCUUAGCUAACCAGUGCACAAUGGAAAAGACACUCCAAACCAUAGUAGAUUUUCUGGCAUAUAUCAACGGCACCGGCCUUUCUGAAAUAAGCAAGACUGGAGUAAGUGCGGCUGACAUUCAGCAGGCACAGCUAGUGUCAGCAAACUUGUUAGGGUUCAGUCUUAAGUUUGCAAAUUUGACAAACAACUCUGCGGUCAAUGCGGCAAUCCUCACGUUAACAGAUGAAGGUCUUUUCAAAAUUGACCAUUUGAAGACGCUGAUCCGUAGGAUUAAAGAGCAAGAGAAGACAAAGAAUAAUGUAACUAACAAGGAGGUCCUGAGACUUUGGUAUUCAUAUAAGCGAGCCCUCUACGAUAUGAUGCGCGGAGCUAUUGAUGCAGCAAAUCGCGUUACUGUGCGAGACAUUCCCAUUCCAACUGUCUUCGGUUUGGACAAAAUCCCUGGGAUGAAACUAACAAAAGAGCAGGAGCAAGAGCUUGACAUUUAUAAUAACAAGAUCAAGGAGCUUGUAGAUAAACGUCUGAAGGAGAAGCGGCAGCUCGAAGCAUCAUGUGGUAGUCUCCGUGAGCAAGCGGAGAAAUUGAGCAUGCAAUUUGACAAUGAUAGGCUACAUAUAUUACGUGCAAUACGCUUCAAUGCAGAACUAAAGCUACAAGCUAUCCAGCUUGCCAUAGGAUCUUUGAACUUGCGGCUUUUAGAUAGGGCUAAGACCCUUGGAACCACCAGUGAUCUUACCCGCUAUGAACGAUAUCUAUCUUCCGAGACAGUCGCGCUAAAUAACGCAGAGUUGGUGGCUUCAUCAAUCCUUAAUAGGCUCCAGCAGCGAUUAGUAAUUCUUAGAUCUGCUGAAAAAUUCUAUAACCUGGGAAUUAAACGCGAAUUACAGGAUCCUCACUUCCUUAAAUACCUUAAGCAGAAAAGUAAUCCAAAGAUCACUAGGAAUGCUCUUCGGCAGUAUUUCACCACAAAACCUGAUUUAGAUUCGGCUGUUCGGGACUUGCUUAACACCACCCCGGCAAAGCAACACAGUCUGACUGGAACUCUAGCAAGCAGUACGUUCAGCACUAGCGGUGUGAGUGCCGCCAUAAGCGGAGUGGCCCCUGGAUCCACGUCGUCCCAGAGCGGCAAUAUUUCAUUUGACAUGAUACAGAACAUCAACACUAGCGUUAUGAACAUUGCAGAUCCACAAGCGGUUGCUGCCUCUCAGCAAAAACAGGCAUUGCUAAUAGAGUCAGAAGAAGAGGCCAUAAAAUGGCUGGCGCAGACACACAGUAUUGUUGCUCACUACGAGGAGGGCGAUUUUCGAGACCUAACUUUCGAAGUGGCUCUGGCAGAGGCUUUAUACUUUGAUUCCAAUGACACCCCUGCUGAGAUAGCCAACUUAAUGUCGCUUCCGGCGCCAGAAAACCCCGUCAUAGUGUCUCUCAUACAUAAGAUCGUUCCUCUUCAUGGCCUUCCAAAUAUAACCCAACUACUUUCCCAGGUACCUUCAAACAAUCAAGAGCUGAAGAUUUUUGAUGUAAUACGAUGCACAAAACUUGCUCUAGAGCUUCAGAUCUAUGAAACAACAAAACUCCUUCAAGAUGUCCAAACUCACGUCGGAAAACUAAAGACGGAGGGAUCAUUCUUUGCUGGGAAACUAGAACGCCAUCACAGCGACACUUUGGCACUAUCUCGACAGCUUAAUGCAGAAUUCAUCAACCUGCCGCUCCUUGUUCUUGUAUCUGAAGGCCAAGUGGAGUCAUCUCGUGCCUGGGACUUUGCAGUUGACAAAAAGCCCCUUGUCUUUGGUGGAAUUAGAGUGGGAAUAGACAUUGAGAAGACGCAGACUAGAUUCCUCAACAGGACAAUAAACAAGUUCGACGAGGAUUAUACCAACAUCGAACUGGAUGCAGAUUGGGAUCCUGAAAAGACAAAUACUGUUGAAAUGGACAACGAGGACGAAGGCGUUUUGCUCCAGGAUAACUCCUCCUUUGUUAUCCUCGGAAGCAGCUACAUAGAUGAGUUGAAUGAUCGUAUACGGAUCUUGGGCGAGCGCCGCAGCACGGUGCUGAUGAACCUGGCUCGCUUCAGACAGCAAACGAAAAUUGUACAGUAUAGAAUCAACCUCAUAGAGUGGCAGCGUAAGGAUGCAAUCGCACAAACAAAAGACUAUCAGCUCAUCCGCGUUAGUAAGGAAAUGCAUGAUGUCUUGCGCGAAAGUUCAUCUACAACAGAAAAACGCAGUAGAGAAGUCAGCACAGUCCAACGAAAGCUAGAACACACUCGAAAAGCAAACAUUCUUGCCAAUAACCAACUGGAGAACAAGAUCAAUGCGGUGCCUUUAGAGAUACAGGCCAUUGAACAGCAAAAUAUCGCGAUAGAGGCGCGCAUAAAUGAACUACGUGCAAAGAACAUUCAGCGUCGACAGGCGAUACCAGAAGCUGAGCUAAAUGAAGCAGAAAUAGAUUCUAAAGCAGAAGCCGAUAAAAAGUUCCGCAGAAUUGCAGCGCUGCGUAAGAUGAAGGAACUUAGCAAGGCCCAAGAGGAGGAGCUACAAUUCCUUAUGCGCGAGCUUGAGAAGCUGCGUCGCAGAACCUAUCCUAGCUUUGAUUGA